AUGCGGCGUCUACUCACUGCGAUUUUGGCCAUUGCAAUUGGCAGCCAGGGCUGCCAGGCAGAAUGCAAUGCCUGCGCCGUCGGUAGCAACGUGGCCUGCAUCUCGGAGCGGGAAUUUCAGUUCUGCUCAAAUAACCAGGCCACGGGACCCAUCAACUCCUGCCCCGCCGGCAGCUACUGCACCAGCCAGCUGCCGAUUUGCCAACAGAACGCAGCACUUGUCGCCUGUGAGGGCUGCGGCGAGUGCAAUGAACUGGGCACCUUUGCCUGCAUGGACACGCGCACCUUUGCCCUGUGCCUGGGCGGCAAUCGACCAUCCAAUAUCACGGUCAACUGCGGCGAGCAGCUGGUGUGCAACAGAUAUCUGCCGGAGAUAUGCGGCAAUGCGACUACGACAAGUGCCACCUGCCCGAAGCAACUGUCAACCACAGAGCAGCCGACAACCACAGAGCAGCCGGCAACCACAGAGCAGCCAAGCACUGAGGACGACACAGAGAGCACCACACUGGAGAGCCCCACCGUAUCUAUCGAUGAUUUUUGCACCGCUUCCUUUAAGGGUAUUCCCAUUCAUGCUAUACCCAAUGACACCGAGUGCACCAGCUACAUCUAUUGCCGAUUCUAUAUACAAUCGUGGGUGGGUCGCAUUAUUGAUUGCCCCACUGAUAAACCCUAUUUCAAUGGCUGGAACUUGGUGUGCGGCACAACCAAAUCAACGCUUCCAGGUGAUCCACUAGGUAUAUAAAUUAAAAAGAGCGAGUAAAACGAUCGUAUAAUUCUAUA